GCGUAUGAAGUUUUUGGAACUCGGGAUAGCCUGGUCCUGCACCGGUAAUAAGAACAAUGUGGUGCACGCGUUGGUUUUUGCCGUUAUUGUUGCUACCCUUACCAACAGCUCCCCCAUAUUUUCUUCUGCUCUUCUUGUUCUCACUUGGUUUGCAUGCUAAACCAUGCUUUUACUGUGUCAUUCUCCUAGCGGCUCUCUUCCUUUCGUCUUGUUACUGGCAGUCUUUCCCACUUGACACCCCACUCUCUGUUUCCUGGUCCGAAAACAUCACAACCUUUUCAGAGGCGCUGAAUUCGACAAUGACGCCUAGCUUCAAUGUACAGAACGUGCAACCGCCAAUCAUACGCGUCCUGGACCGGUGCUGGUGUGAUUUUUCAGGAAGCAUGUUUGAGCCAUAUGAUAUGGAGAAGUGGGAAAGAGCGAGCGUGGAACGCAUGAAGGCUGACGUAGAAAGAGCGAUAAUGGUGAAUUAUGAGGAUGGAUCCCCUAAAGUGGAGCGCGAGCUUCAAGGCAACAUUGAUGCAACGGCUGAUGGGAAUGGGGUACAACAGGAACACAUCCCACAGGGGAAACCAUCUUUUUUCAUCUUACGCUCUAUCUUCGGCAGGAAUAAAUCACUCGAGGUGGCACAAGUUCAAUCCAGCUUGCCUAUUUCAGAACUUUCACCUGCCCCUUCAGAUACAACCACCCCAGCAGCCCCGACUCUUCAUGUUUCUCUAGAAGACAAACCAAUUGAGCCUGGGGAGUAUGACCUUCGCCCAUACGGAUUUGACCUGGUCUUUGACCUGCGGUGGUCGAGACGGCCAUAACGGUUUCACUGAGGUAGUACACGACGUUCACCAGAAAUCUACGAACUUGAAAAUGGAGCACUUGGCUUUUAUAUGCUGUUCCACACGAUACAUUGUAUUUAGUAUAUGUCGUAGUUUUGGGGGUUUCAGAAGCCAUUUUGUAUUCUAAUUCUGUAGACAUCCGAGUCCUUCACAUUGACUAUGUAAAUCAGCGGGUGUUGCUGUGGUCUGAGCCUGA